UAACGUCACGAGAAUCCUGUGAUACACUGAAGUGAAAAUAUGAAGGAGAUGUAGUGAACAGAAGAGCCUGUUUAGUGGUAAUAAAACAAAAACAAAGACCUUUACUUUAACCGUUGACAAAACUGAACCAAUUUAAGAGCCACUGGAGCCACCAUUUAACGAAGCAACAUGACGGCAGCGGUGUUUUUCGGCUGCACAUUCAUCGCCUUCGGCCCAGCCAUCUCCCUGUUCCUGUUUACCAUCGCCCGGGAGCCGCUGAGGGUCAUUUUCCUCAUAGCAGGAGCAUUUUUCUGGCUGGUGUCGCUGCUGCUGGCCUCGCUGGUGUGGUUCAUCUCCGUUCAGAUCAGUAAUAAAGAGAGCGCUUCGCAGCAGAAGGGCCUGCUCAUCUUUGGUGUGGUGCUGUCGGUCCUGCUGCAGGAAACAUUCCGCUUCGCCUACUACAAACUCCUCAAGAAAGCAAAUGAAGGCCUCCUUGCUCUGAGUCAAGAGGAAACUAUGCCAAUCUCCAUACGACAGCUUGCCUAUGUGUCGGGCCUUGGCUUUGGCUUUAUGAGCGGAGCGUUCUCUGUGGUCAACAUCCUCGCUGAUUCUGUGGGACCGGGGACUGUGGGUAUCCAUGGUGACUCUCAACACUACUUCCUCUCCUCAGCCUUCAUGACGAUGGCCAUCAUCCUGCUUCACAUGUUCUGGGGUGUCGUCUUCUUUGAUGGAUGUGAGAAGCAGCGCUGGUUGGUUGUUGCUGCUGUGGUCGUCAGUCAUCUUGUCGUUUCCUGCUUGACUUUCCAGAACCCACAGUACGUUUCCAGCCUGGUUCCCACCUACAUCAUAAUGUUUCUGAUGGGUGUUUGGGCGUUUUACACAGCUGGCGGCUCCCUCAGGAACCUCAAACUGUGCCUCACCUGCAAAGACAAAGACCUCCUGCUAGCCAACCACAGGGCCAGAUAACGCUGCGAGCGGGGGUGUUUUCAGGACUCAAUCCAAAGAUCUCAACAUUAACAAACACACGCUGAACCUACUUUUCACAUGAGAGCUUAUUUAUCUUGUGUUGUCUUUUGAAACGUGUUUUUUUUUUUUUUUAAGAAACACAGGUUCAGUUAGUCGUGUCAGGUCAGUGUUUACUUUUUGCUGACUUUUCCUGCUGACGCUAGAAAAAACUCUGACAUCACAUAGAUUCUGCUGGAAGGAGUAACUCUCACAAACUGAUCUGACAGAUGUGUGAAAACCAUCAAAAAUUUUAGGGCUGCCCCUUGUGGAAAAUCUGUAUAUAAGGCUACAUUUCUAAAAAAAAACAUCAUACUGUUUGGAAGCCUUUGAGCUAGAAUGAUCACAUUGUGUUUUGACUUGAUCAUAUCGGUUAUACUAAUCAAAUUUUACUAUCUUGAGAUUGCUAAUCUUCAUCCUCCUCUCUUAGCUUACAGUUUAAAUGGGAGAGAUUUUGGUGCUGAAAUGGUGUCAUUUCAGAAUAGCUGGGGGCUUAUGAGCUUUUUUUUAUCCUUAUAUUAACUUGUGUAUCAAAGUGUUUCCUUGUUGAUCUCUAAAAGUUCAUAUUCAUCUGCUCUUUUUUUGGUUAAUUCUUUGAGUCUUUGUUAAAUUCCUCACACUGAAUGUUUUUUUCAUUGCACUUGUUUUAUGUUGAUUAUCUUUGUGUACAGUUUGUAAAAAAACAAACAAAACAAAAUGCUUAGCUGGACUACAAAUUGGUUAGAAGUUGGGUAAACAUGCAAGCUUUGCAUGCUUAGUUGGUUUAAGUCCAUGAAAUAAUGAAACUUGCACAGAUGGAAAAUCUGGUUGAUACAGACCUGCAAUAAUAAAUCGGUUUAUGUUAAAUCUUUUUUUCAGACUUCUGAUUUUUAUGAUGAUGUAUUGAAAAACGAAUGCAUGUUUCAGGAGGCUCUUUGGGGCCGAAGAAGCAGCAGUAGCAGCCAUCUGUCAGAUGAGCAUUGCAUAGCAACACUGUUUUAACUCUAAACAAAAUUAUUUUACCUUGCUGCUAAAACUAAACAGUGGCCAUUCGAGAACAAAUGCAAAAGAAAAGCUCAUAUGACAUCACAUCAGUCCAAUCAGGGAAGUAUGGCAAGGUCUAGUUUGCACCUCCCGAGUAGCCAUUACUCCAAGUACCUUGAUUUAAGCUCUACACUCCACAUGCACAAAUCACUUUUUUUAUUUGUUAAGUUUACAGAUGCAACCCCUACAUUUAAUACAAGUUUUAAACUCAAUUUUAACAGGGUCUUGUAAAAUAAACAUGUUUUAAAGUAGCUGCCAUAUUCGAUCCAGUCAGCCUUUCCACGUGUUCCAACUGUUGUUGGUACUGGAAAUUUCCAACCUCUUUUACUUACCAAGUGGGAAUAAGAACGUUGGUGUAGCAUUAGCGUAGUUUAUUCCAAAGUCAGAGUUUAAGUAUCAUCUGCAACCAGAACACACUCUCAGUAUGACCUGUGCAUCUUAGACUAGGGCUCCCAACUGGGCAGAUAUCCAUGCAUUCCCAAGCCUCAAAUAUGGAUGAAAAUUUCAACUGUCAUCCAAGAGAAAAGAUCUUAAAGCUGGUGCGACAGGAUGGUACCCGACUUCUUCAUCUUGGCUUCAUCUUUGCAGCACGUAGUAUUACUAUAUAGGACUUUAUGUUUUUGUCAAUGCUAAGGUUGUAACAGUACUUGUGGAGAAGAGGAGAACUGGAAUGAGUUUACUUUACCCCAACUUCUCAAAUCUGUUCUUGGAGGAUAAUGUAAUGUGCCAAUAAACUGCAAGCUGAAACACA